AUGAGUGUGAAGGCUUCGACGAGGUAUGGGAGGAGAGGUGUCUGCCACGUCCCCAAUACCAGGAAUCUCGUCUGCGGCAACAAGAGACUCAUGGGAUUCCUCAUGCACGUGUACCUGCAUGGUAGAGUGGGAUGCAUCUUGGUCAUGCACAAAGGAGGAGACGUCAUUAUCACGUGGUCUUGGUGGAGGUCUGGCCGUCUCUGUGGACUCAUCAUCAACUUCCAAAUCCUCCUCGUGCGCCACUCUAUGCACAACAAGGGGGUCAAGUGGAAGCUCCCCGCAAGAGUAGUAGUGGGGAAUGAUGAUGAUGAUGAAGGAGCAACAUCAUUGGUCGUGCGGAACGGGAACUCACUUUCCUCAAAGUGA